AUGCCCCUGCAUGGGUAUAGCUUCAAGCGCUGUUGUUUGCAUUCCAAAUCUUCCUGCCUUCAUUUCAUCUUCGCGAUCAUACCGCCUCUGCCGACAAAGCAAAUCACCCACCAACCAACAGACCAAACCACAACGAACAAAACCUAUCGUCUCUCCCCUCCAAUUCCCCAUUCUUCCCCCUCUCUCACCCAAUUCAUGUCCCACACAAUGUCUCCUCCCUUCCCCGACCCUCUCAUCCUCCCCCCUCUCAACCCCCCUCACAGCUUCACACUCGUCCUCCUCCACGGCAGAGGCAACUCCCCCUCCUCCCUCCUCCCUUUCUGCUCUCCCCUCCAACAAUCGUUUCCUUCUCUCAAAAUCAUCCUCCCCACCGCCCCAAAGUCCCGAGCAACAAUCUACGCCCGCUCCCUCAUCACCCAAUGGUUCGACGGCUGGCACCUCGACUCCCCCGCCUCGGUCCUCAACCCAGGCCAGGACGAGUGGAGGUCUAUUGACGGACUUCAACAGACCACAUCAUAUCUCCAUGAUCUACUCAGACAGGAAAUUGCGCUGGUGGGUGGUGACUCGAGGAGGAUGUUCCUCGGCGGGUUGAGUCAAGGGUGUGCAGCUUCGUUGAUGGCUUUGCUGCUUUGGGAAGGGGAACCACUAGGCCGCUGCGUGGGAAUGUGCGGAUGGUUGCCUUUUGUUAGGACAGUUCAAAGGGCGACGAAAGACUUCGCUAGCAGAAAGGGUGACACCGAAGAAGAUGAGUUUGACCCAUUUGGGGGUAAUGGUGAGGAUGAUGAGGACAAGCCGCAAGAUGUCGAAGCUGCUGCUGUGCAGGCUUUGCGAGAAAGUCUGGAGCUGGAAGGCAACAGUCCUAUCACUCGUCCAAAUUCCUUUGAUACACCUGUGUUUCUGGCGCAUGGAACCGAAGAUGACAAAGUCCUCAUCGCUCAUGGCAAAGAGGCAGCAUCGACUCUCUCAGAACUAAGCGUCAACACCUCCUGGAACGAAUACCCAGGUCUCGGCCACUGGUUCUAUCCCGAAAUGAUCACAGACAUCACCGCCUUCCUCAACAUCAACACGGCCCAGCUCCUGCCCAUGGCCAUUAGUCAGAGCAUCCAUCCCGCGCAAUCCCAAGUUAAGGCCGGAGCCAGUGUGGUCAAUAGCCAGCACAUAUAUAGUGUUGCCGUUCCACGUCGCCGACCAGCAAGUGCCGCAGUUGGGAGAGUUCCAGCCCGCCACCGCCUGAGCGCCUCCAAUAAAGGGGAAAUUCCUAACGUCGCCCUGCUUCUUCCAGCCGUACUUCCAGAUAAGACCGUUCAUGCCAUCCGAGCAGGCGACCGACUCGAGGCUGCGGUUGGGGUCGUCAUAGCCGAUGUCGUAAGAGACUGUUGGAGGGUGUGUCAGUUGGCAUCGGGGAAGUGGCGAGAGACGAAAGGAGGUGAUCGGAAUGAGGGCUUACCUGUGGUUGCCGACGCCGCGGCAGCAAGAGUGAAGAUGCUGAAGAUCUUGGAGAAGUGCAUAAUGGUGGAAUAUCGCAAGUUGUGCCUUUUGAAGAAGAGAAAUGAUGCGUCUGAAUGAUGCUGAGUCCGAGAAGAAGCGUGCUUGAACGGAGUUGAAACUGUUGGAGCUGGUGAUUGAGAAAGAGAGAGAGAGAGAGAGAGAAAAGAAGUUGAAGUCGAGAUGGAGGACAGGCUUGAGAUCUUAUACCCUCCGCUUUCCCCUCCCCGAGGCUCCUUCUCUGAGCUCCAUCAGCCUCGUGAGGAGCACUCCAUCCGAGUCGAAUCACCUCCCAAAGCACACAGCAGGAAAGCAAAGCCCGCCGAUUGCCGAAUCCGGAAUCGUUCGCCUUUCAUGAUACGAUGUGGAGGGUUGCAAACACGAUACGAUGUCGCGGUGCCCCUUCCCUACCUGGCGUCAUAGCCAAGCGAUGGGUCAUCCAUGGGGGAGGAAGCGAGAGUUGGCAAACAACAACCGAAGCAGCUACAACCAUCCACCCAUCUCCAGAUCAUUGGAUCAAUCUUGGUUUAUUUCUGGGGAGGAAAUAUCAACACCGGCCGUGACCAACCAUGUGCUCUGGAUCGCCCCGGACUGUCUAGAGUGCACUGCAUUUUUCAUUGUUCCACGAUACGAUGAAGCUCAGCCUGAAGGAAGGAAUGCUGACGACGUCUUUCUCUUCACGAGAGACGGGAGUCCGUGGUUCCCGUACGAGGUUUCUAGAAUGUAGAAAGUGCGUAUGUUGAGUUGGCAGUGGGUCUCGACUGAAGAUCGGCAAUUGGGGUCGCUAAGCGGUAGUCACGGGGAGCCGUUGGAGAUCUUGGAGACGACCUCGUAUUCGACCCUAUUCCCACCUACCCACCUACGCGGCUAAUAAACUUGCAGUAGCUGUGUUUUCUCGGGCUCCUACUCCAACAGCUCAUAGAGACAACGGUUGUGAAGCAUUCCAUCAAUCAAGUCUGGUUUUUUGUUUUUUUUUUGUUUUGUGGAUCGACUCCGCAUGGUGGCUGCUGUGGGGUUCAAGUUGAAGAUGCAAGCCACAUCUGUCUUGACCGUUGCUGCUGACAAGAGGAAGGUGUUGAUCCGUUGGUGCGGACCAAGUGCGACUUCCUCUUCAGCUGAGGCUGUUGUGCGACAGAAUGUUGGAAGGAGCAUUCCUUCCUGUCUGACAGCAUGGCCAACGUUGUUUUCCACCUCGCCAACGAGAUUUGUAGACUCGAGUCGAUCAGGAGGCUGAGUAACGUUACCGUCUGGAUUUCAUUGCUAGUCAUCUUGGCGGCUUGUUUGCUCGCCGUUAGACGUCUCACAACGUGAGCCUUACAGACCGUUAUCGUUCAACACUCUCGAGUUUUGGGAUAUGGUUGUCAGAGUAUCACCUGAUGGCAACAGGUUGUGUAUUCUCCGCAAACGUCCGGUGUAAUGCUGGGAUCAGAUCACCGCGUCGUGUGUAAAGACUGCGCUACUGUACGGUACAUUGAGCCUACAUGACCGUUGCAGAAUCGUCAUGCUAUGCCUCUUCCCUUUGCCUUGCUGCGUGCUCUGUAUACCCGCGUUUGUGUCCACCUCGUCGUGUUAGUCUUGUCGUACCGCAUGUUUCCAUCUAU